AUGUCCGUCAGCAGCAGGGCAAACAUUGUAUCGAUCCUCAACAAUGACGACCACCCGUCGUUUGCGGUUCGAUCCAACCCCAGAGUCGGGACUUUGAACUCGUCCGAGCCGCAGCACCAGCACCAGCGCCUCCCACCUGUCAGUAAUUUGCACUCGCGCCCGCUCGCAUCGUCCGAGUCCCCCACAGUCUCUCCCCGAGGCUAUCGGCAUCCAUUAGAUCCUGUGAACGAGGCGGUCCAGGCCGUCUCACCAGGCUCCUCCGAUGGCUCCGCCUACGACUACAUACUAAGCCAACCGUCAUCAGUCGGUUAUCACCCGUACGCCCGGCAGGACCUGCGACGGGACCCAUACCGAUAUCCUUCUCGUGGGCCUGCCCCUCCGCGAACACCCCCCGAGAUCCAUUCUGCGCCACCAUCAGAGAAUAAAUCCUCCCAGGGGACCGGCCAACGGGGCACCGGUCGAAAGAACAAGUAUCCAUGUCCAUACCAUUCGACCCAUGGCUGCACGGCCACUUUUACCACAUCAGGCCACGCUGCUCGCCAUGGCAAGAAGCACACGGGCGAGAAGAGUGUCCACUGUCCCAUCUGCAACAAGGCGUUCACUCGCAAGGAUAAUAUGAAGCAACACAUCCGUACGCACCGCACACACUCUGACGAUAUGCGCUCGACCACCUCCGAACCGGACGGUGAACAAAGAUGGGCUUUGUCGAGACCUGAUAGUGGUUAUGCGACUGGUACUCAUCAUCGGACAGUUAGCCAGACCACCGAUGGUUCUAUGCCGCCUCCUAGCAGUGCACCUCGCCUACCUUAA